AAAACCAAAGAGAUGAGGGCUUUGAAGCACGCCAUUGAGACCAUCUACGAGGAAGAACACUCCUUCUCUUCUUCUCCACCGUCCAUCUCCUCUUCUCCUCCUUCACUCCACUCCAUCGUCAAUGCUUGGUCUCUCCAUUCCUCCUCUGAACCCAAUGUCUUGAUAAUUGUUCAAGGAACCUGCUUUCGUUUGCACCAGGAUCGUAUGAUAUCACAAAGUUCAUACCUGAAACAGCACCUGAUGGGAGUUUCUAAUGUAACAAUCUCCCCGCCGUUAAACAUAACGGCCGAGACUUUCGCCACGGUGGCUGGUUUCUGUUACACCCAUAAAGUCCACUUAACGCCGAGCAACAUUGCUGCGAUGAGAGUGGCGGCGGAGUUGCUGGGUAUGACGGAAGGAGAUAAUCUAUGGGAGGUGACAGAAUCGUACUUUGAGAGAGUUGUUGGCGUUGAUGCAUCGAUGGUUAUUCGUUCGUGCGUGACUAUGCUUCCCGAAUCCGAAACGACAGCGUCGCUUGUCAGCAGGUGCAUUGAAGCUAUGAUUUGGAACGGCGACGUUUCGUUUUUGGACGACGUCGUUGAGAUGCACGCUCAAGAUUUUCGAAUGGUGGCGUCUUACUUGAACAAACGGCUGCCCAACCACGAUGCUCUAUACAAGAUUAUUGAUCACUAUCUUAAGGAGAUCAAGUAUGAAAAACUAACGGACGAAGAACAUACAGAGAUAUGUAAUAACUUGGAUUGUUCUAAGCUCUCACAUCACAUUCUGGUUGAAUGUGUUCAAAAUUCUCGAAUGUCACUGAAAUUCAUAAUGAGAGCGAUACUCAUGGAGCAUAUCAAAACUCGUCGCUCCCUUGUUGCGACAGUCACCACUACUAUGCAUGAAACAGAACAAAGGUCACUGAUGGAAAUUCUCCAACAAGACAUUACUCAUUGUCACAGAACACAUAUAGAAGAUGCAAUGGAUUCCACCUACUAUCGUAUUCAAAGCCUUGAGAAAGAAUUAAGGGAUAUGAAGAACCAUAUUCAACAUCAUCAUCAAUUCAUGAAUAGGAAUAAGAACAAUAAUGUGUUGAACCAAGAACGUUCAAUGAGUUUUCAUUUUGAACCACCACCAGAGGAUAGUAAAAUACGAAGGGGAGGAAGAGGGUCCAUUUCGUCAUCAAGUUUUUUUCUUGAUAAUAUUAUAACGAAGAAACUGAACGAGGUGGAGAUGUUCCCUACAAGCAAAACCUCAUCAAACAAGAGAAAGUCUUUUCGCUACAAAUUCAUAAGUAGUUUCAAGAAUGUAUUCGGAUGUCGAAAUCAACAACAAACUAAAAGGAGUUAGAAAAUUAGUUAUAGUGUUAUUACAUUCUCAUUUGAGAAAUUAAUUUACUUAUGAAUGUGGAGGUAAUCAGUAA